AUUUGAGAAAAUUAUUAAAUAAAAAAACCGUGGGAUCACAAAAAUCGUGCAGGAGAAGAGAAAACCCGCUUUUUCUAUUUUCCUGGGCUGCAGUUCACCCGAACUGUGAAUAUUUCCGUAGCAGAGAGAAGCAGAAUCUAGGGUUUUCGUCUCGCCGAGGGAGAAGGAAUUGUCCAUGGAAGGUCCGAGCAAUGGAGGAAUGCUCUACCAUGAGGUACAGGAAUCGAAGUUGUGCGCGGUGCAUUGCGUGAACACGGUGUUGCAGGGGCCCUUCUUCUCUGAAUUCGAUUUGGCUGCUCUGGCAUCUGAUCUUGAUACGAAGGAGCGCCAGAUGAUGCUCGAGGGUAACGCCACCGACCUCCUUCGCUUCGAUUCUGAGGAGUCUCAUAACGUCUCCAUGGACGGCGACUUCAGUAUACAGGUUUUACAAAAGGCUUUGGAGGUGUGGGAUCUUCAAGUCAUUCCUAUGGACAGCCCAGUAGCAGAGCCUGCACAGGUUGACCCUGAGCUGGAGAAUGCAUUCAUCUGUCAUUUGCAGGAUCACUGGUUCUGUAUUAGGAAAGUAAAUGGAGAGUGGUAUAAUUUUGACAGCCUUUAUGCAGCCCCAGAACACCUUUCCAAGUUUUACCUAUCAGCCUAUCUUGACACUUUAAAAGGAUUUGGCUGGAGCAUUUUCCUAGUGAGGGGAAACUUUCCAAAAGAGUGUCCUAUCUCAUCUUCUGAGGCUUCUAACAUUUAUGGGCAGUGGCUUUCUCCGGACGACGCGGAGAGAAUAACGAAGUCCUGCAAUGCAACGCAAGCCCCUCCUCAUCGCAUUAAUUUUUCUCAACAGCCUUCUGAGCUGUCUCGUCCAACUGGGGAAAUCGAAAUGCAUUCUGAUGCUGAAGAUGAAGACUUGAAGGCUGCAAUAGCUGCUAGCUUAAUGGAUUCUUCCCCAGCCAUGGUCAACACAGAUGUCGGAACCCUUCAGAGCAGCCAAAGUAACGCAAAUGCUGGCGCCCCUCACAGUAGCCAAACUAGCACAGAUGUUGGCACUGUUCAGAGUAGCCAAACUGGCAUAGAUGCUGGCACCCUUCAGAGUAGCCAAACUAGCACAGAUGUUGGUACUGUUCAGAGUAGCCAAACUGGCAUAGAUGCUGGCACCCUUCAGAGUAGCCAAACUAGUGAAGAUAAAGAUGCCUAAGAACAAAGACAUUCUUUUAGAUUUAAUAUCCACCAGACAAUAAUGGGUUUUCAGGUCAUCCUUGGGGCGAGUUCUUUAUAUUGUGAAGUGUACACAUCUUCAAUUUACUUUGCUUGAUCUGUAUCAAGUUAAAAUUGACAGCAUACAAACCUUGAGAAAGCCAGCCCAUGGCUUCCCCAAUGGAAAAUUGCAGUUUCUGGGUUGGGCUGGCAGCAUUUUUCCUGAAGCCUGUUUUGCAAUGGAGUGAUGAAAUCCUGCUGGUCUGUUUAGAUAUUGAAAAUAUUUUCCAUUCUCAUCAAAAUUUUCCCCAUGUUUUUGUAUAUUUCUAUGAAAAAAAUUUGAAUAGCACAGAUGGUGUAUUGGUGCUGAAAUACAAAGUUGUUUUUAAUGGAGUGACGGAAUAAAAUGCUUCUUGUUGGUUUGUGGGCACAAA